AAACUAGUUGUCUUGUCUCUCUACGUGAAUAUACACACUCUCACACACACAUAUAUAUAUAUACACACACACAAUCCACAGAAAGAAUCACAUCUCUCUCUCUAUCUCGCUCGCCCGCUCGCUCUGCUUCUGGGGAAAAAUCUGAGCAUAUAGCAUGGGAUCUUCUGUUCAUGUUAAAGACGCCACGGUUGUAACUCCUUCAGAUCCGACACCCUCCUCUGUUCUGUCUCUUUCCGCCAUAGAUUCUCAGCUCUUCCUCCGAUUCACCAUCGAGUACCUCCUCGUCUACCGUCCCCGGCCCGGGUUCGACCCGGUUUCUAUCACGGGUCGGGUCAAAUCCGCUCUCUCUCGUUCACUCGUCCCUUACUUCCCCUUCGCCGGACGAGUCCGUGAAAGAUCCGGCGGGUUGGGUCUCGAGGUCCAUUGUCGUGGCCAAGGUGCUCUGUUUCUCGAAGCCGUCUCCGACAACCUCACGUGCAACGACUUUCAGAGAGCUCCACGGCACGUGACGAGCUGGAGGAAGCUUCUGUCUCUCCACGUCGGCGAUGUUCUCGCCGGGGCCCCACCUCUCGUUGUCCAGCUGACAUGGCUCCGAGACGGCGGCGCUGCGUUGGCCUUCGGCAUCAACCACUGCCUCUCCGACGGUAUCGGAAGCACCGAGUUUCUCCACUUAUUCGCCGAAUUAUGCAGAAACGGUCCAACUCAAGCUGAGUUGAAGCGGAAACACGUGUGGGAUCGUCACCUGCUCGACCCCUCGCCGUGGAAGCGGCCACCUCCAGCGGGUCGUAACUCUCUGAGUCAUCCCGAGUUCAACCGAGUGCCGGAUUUGUGUGGGUUCCUGAACCGCGAGAGACAGCAACUCAGCGAGCUGACGAAACUCGCUAGCCGACUCAGUGAGUCGAAACACACGUUGUUUGAGGUGCUCUCAGCGCAUGUAUGGCGGAGCUGGGCGAGAUCGCUGAACCUCCCUUCGAACCAGACCCUGAAACUUCUCUUCAGCAUCAACGUACGGGACCGUGUCAAGCCGAGUCUACCCACCGGGUUCUACGGGAACGCGUUCGUCGUCGGAUGCGCCCAAACCACGGUCAAAGAUUUGACAGAAAAGGGUUUAGGGCACACGACCAUGCUCGUGAAGCGGGCAAAGGAAAGAGUCGACGACGAGUACGUAAGAUCAGUGGUCGAAGCGGUGAGCGAGGCGAGGGCGAGUCCUGACUCGGUGGGAGUCCUGAUACUGUCGCAGUGGUCAAGGCUUGGUUUGGAGAGGCUUGAUUUCGGUUUAGGUGAACCGGUUCAUGUGGGAUCGGUAUGUUGUGACCGGUACUGUUUGUUGCUUCCGGUUCCCGAACAAAACGACGCCGUUAAAGUGAUGGUAGCGGUUCCGUCAAGCGCCGUUGACGCUUAUGAGAAUCUCGUGAAGCGUGCUUACAGUUUAGACGGAGAAUUCUAAUUAAUUUUUUUAAUAAUAAUGUUGAAAUCUCAUUGCGUUGACUUGUGUUACAUUGAGUUUUGACUUUAUUUAUUUCCUAAACUACUUUCCAAAUGUAAAUAUAUGUGUUUAUUUGGUAAAUAGAAACCAAAUCAA